CGCGGGUGACAGAAGCAGCGGCAGCCCACGGCAGCGGCACCGCAGUUUCCAGCCGCCGUCGCAGAAGCGAAGCCGCCGAGCGGCCGGGAUAGAGCGAGAGCGCUGCGCCCUGGGGGGCUGUGCGUGAGUCUGUGGCGAGCUUGCAGCGGCCCGCUCCGCUCCGCUCCAUGCGAAAGGAUUGCAAGGAGAAAAAGGAGGCGGCGGCGGCGGCGGCAACAGCAGCAGCGAUGGCGGGGCUUCACUGAAGGCAGCAGGCGGCGAGGGAGGAGGGGAGAAAUCUCUGCAUUCCCUCCACCCCAUCCCUGCCUGAGCUGAGCUGGACUGGGCUGGGCUCUGCGUGGAUUCCUCCCUUUAUGCACCGCGGAGACCGCGCGAGGAGGACUCGGGGCAUCCGGACACCGCGACCCCUGCGCGCGGGGGGGAGGGCCGGGUGCUUUUGUUUUUAAUUUGCCGCCCUCCCUUUCCUUACCCCUCCCCCCUCGCCCGUCCUCCUCCUUGACUGCGUGGUGUGUGUGUGUGUUUGUGUGUACUGCAAACAAAGAGCCAGACCCAGAUACGCACCGCACAACAGGGAGAGAAAGGAGGAGAGCGACAGACAAGACCGGAGUGGAGGAAGGGAGGGCGGGAGCGAGAAGGAGAGCGAGAGAGAGAUCUCCUUGGAUCGAGUAUGGCGGAUCGCAGCCUUGAGAGCCUUCCUCUGCCGCUGGAAGUGAGAGCCCGACUGGCUGAGCUGGAGCUGGAAUUAUCGGAAGGUGACAUCACACAGAAGGGCUAUGAAAAGAAGAGAUCAAAAUUAAUUGGGGCCUACUUGCCACAGCCUCCAGCGGCGAAUGGAGCUGCUGCGGUUCGGUGUAGACUGCAGCACAGUGAAGGGGCCGUGAGACGGACGCUCCGCACUAGCAACAUUGGGGUCUGUGACAUCCGGGAAGCAGCAGCUAGAGAGCGUACAGCACCGCACAGCACAGCCGCAAACCGGCCUCUCUUUUACUUUCGUUUUGGAGUGGAUCAAGCACUGCCACAAGAACGCCGAACUCCCGUUACCCCUUCCUCCUCCUCUCGAUACCACCGACGCAGGUCCUCAGGGUCACGUGAUGAGCGCUAUCGAUCAGAUGUUCAUACAGAAGCAGUCCAGGCAGCUCUUGCAAAACAUAAAGAAAGGAAGAUGGCGGUGCCUAUGCCAUCCAAGCGACGUUCAUUGGUGGUGCAAACAUCAAUGGAUGCUUACACACCUCCAGAUACCUCAUCUGGUUCAGAAGAUGAAGGCUCUGUACAGGGCGAUUCACAGGGAACUCCAACAUCAAGCCAAGGGAGUAUAAAUAUGGAACACUGGAUCAGCCAAGCAAUCCAUGGCUCUACCACCUCUACAACAUCUUCAUCUUCAACGCAGAGUGGUGGCAGCGGUGCUGCACAUAGGCUAGCUGAUGUAAUGGCGCAAACACAUAUAGAAAAUCAUUCAGCGCCUCCAGAUGUUACCACUUACACCUCAGAACACUCAAUACAAGUAGAAAGACCACAAGGUUCAACAUCAAGAGUGGCACCAAAAUAUGGAAAUGCUGAACUUAUGGAAACUGGUGAUGGAGUUCCAGUAAGCAGCAGAGUGUCGGCAAAAAUUCAGCAGUUGGUCAACACCCUAAAACGACCCAAACGGCCCCCAUUACGAGAGUUCUUUGUAGACGACUUUGAAGAAUUAUUAGAAGUUCAACAGCCAGACCCAAACCAACCAAAGCCAGAGGGAGCUCAGAUGUUGGCGAUGCGUGGGGAACAGCUGGGCGUGGUUACGAAUUGGCCUCCGUCUCUUGAAGCAGCAUUGCAACGAUGGGGAACAAUUUCCCCGAAAGCUCCUUGCCUAACCACUAUGGACACCAAUGGAAAACCACUAUAUAUUCUCACUUACGGCAAACUUUGGACCCGUAGUAUGAAAGUUGCAUAUAACAUACUACAUAAGUUGGGCACAAAGCAGGAACCAAUGGUGCGGCCAGGAGACAGGGUAGCACUAGUAUUUCCCAAUAAUGACCCUGCUGCUUUUAUGGUAGCAUUUUAUGGCUGCUUACUUGCAGAAGUUGUCCCUGUUCCUAUUGAAGUGCCACUUACUAGAAAGGGGACUCCUCCUUCUGUCUGGAUUUUCAUAGAAGCCAAACCAAAUGAGAGCUCAUUUCUGAAGACUUUUCUUGCAAAAGAUGCAGGAAGCCAACAGAUAGGCUUCUUGCUCGGAAGCUGUGGUGUUACUGUGGCCUUGACUAGUGAUGCAUGCCAUAAAGGAUUGCCUAAGAGCCCUACAGGGGAAAUACCACAGUUUAAAGGCUGGCCGAAGCUGCUAUGGUUUGUCACAGAAUCGAAACACCUUUCAAAACCUCCCCGAGACUGGUUCCCACAUAUCAAAGAUGCAAACAAUGACACAGCUUACAUCGAGUACAAAACAUGUAAAGACGGAAGUGUUCUUGGGGUUACUGUGACAAGAAUUGCACUGCUGACCCACUGUCAAGCUCUCACACAGGCAUGUGGAUACACAGAAGCUGAAACAAUUGUGAACGUAUUAGAUUUCAAGAAGGAUGUAGGCUUAUGGCAUGGCAUUCUUACGAGCGUUAUGAACAUGAUGCAUGUCAUAAGCAUCCCAUAUUCCUUAAUGAAAGUGAACCCACUUUCGUGGAUACAGAAGGUCUGCCAGUACAAAGCAAAAGUUGCUUGUGUAAAAUCCAGGGAUAUGCACUGGGCAUUAGUAGCACAUAGAGAUCAACGAGACAUCAACCUCUCCUCGCUUCGUAUGCUUAUAGUAGCUGACGGUGCCAAUCCAUGGUCUAUUUCUUCUUGUGAUGCAUUUCUUAAUGUCUUCCAAAGCAAAGGUCUAAGACAAGAGGUUAUUUGUCCUUGUGCUAGCUCGCCAGAGGCUCUCACGGUGGCUAUUCGAAGGCCAACAGAUGAUAGCAAUCAGCCACCAGGCAGAGGGGUCCUGUCCAUGCAUGGUCUUACCUAUGGAGUCAUUAGAGUGGAUUCUGAAGAAAAGCUUUCUGUUUUAACAGUGCAAGAUGUUGGCUUGGUGAUGCCAGGAGCUAUAAUGUGUGCGGUGAAGCCUGAUGGAGUUCCUCAACUCUGUCGAACAGAUGAAGUAGGUGAACUCUGCGUAUGUGCCAUUGCAACAGGCACAUCUUAUUAUGGACUCUCUGGAAUGACCAAAAACACAUUUGAGGUGUUCCCUAUGACCAGUUCAGGUGCACCAAUCAGUGAAUACCCGUUUAUAAGAACUGGGCUACUGGGCUUUAUUGGCCCAGGUGGACUUGUUUUUGUUGUUGGCAAAAUGGACGGUCUGAUGGUUGUCAGUGGACGGAGGCACAACGCAGAUGACAUUGUUGCCACGGCGUUGGCAGUGGAACCAAUGAAGUUUGUCUACAGGGGAAGAAUAGCAGUGUUUUCGGUGAGCGUUCUUCAUGACGAGAGGAUAGUUAUUGUUGCUGAGCAAAGGCCGGACUCUACAGAGGAAGACAGCUUUCAGUGGAUGAGUAGAGUGCUUCAGGCUAUCGACAGUAUUCAUCAAGUGGGGGUUUACUGCCUAGCCCUGGUACCAGCAAACACACUCCCAAAGACUCCUCUAGGUGGAAUCCACUUAUCAGAAACUAAGCAGCUUUUCCUUGAAGGAGCACUGCAUCCUUGUAAUGUGUUGAUGUGUCCACACACCUGUGUAACAAACCUGCCUAAACCAAGACAAAAACAACCAGAAAUUGGCCCUGCCUCUGUGAUGGUAGGGAAUCUCGUCUCUGGAAAAAGAAUUGCUCAGGCAAGUGGCAGAGAUUUGGGGCAAAUAGAAGAUAAUGAUCAAGCCAGAAAGUUCCUGUUUCUCUCAGAAGUCUUACAAUGGAGGGCACAAACAACUCCUGACCAUGUACUUUACACACUACUAAACUGUAGGGGGACAAUAGCAAAUUCUCUAACAUGUGUUCAGCUACAUAAACGAGCUGAAAAGAUAGCUGUUAUGUUGAUGGAAAGGGGACACUUACAAGAUGGCGACCAUGUUGCUUUGGUCUACCCACCAGGUAUAGAUCUGAUUGCUGCAUUUUAUGGGUGUUUGUAUGCAGGCUGUGUGCCAAUAACUGUUCGACCUCCACACCCCCAGAACAUUGCAACAACAUUGCCUACAGUGAAGAUGAUUGUGGAGGUGAGUCGCUCUGCUUGUUUAAUGACAACACAAUUAAUAUGUAAAUUGUUGCGGUCACGAGAGGCAGCAGCAGCGGUGGAUGUCAGAACGUGGCCCCCUAUAUUAGACACAGAUGAUUUGCCAAAGAAGCGGCCUCCUCAGAUCUACAAACCUUCUAACCCCGACAUGCUGGCUUAUCUCGAUUUCAGUGUAUCCACAACUGGAAUGCUAGCAGGGGUGAAGAUGUCUCAUGCAGCCACUAGUGCCUUCUGUCGUUCUAUUAAGCUGCAGUGUGAGCUUUAUCCUUCCAGAGAAGUUGCUAUCUGUUUGGACCCUUACUGUGGACUUGGGUUUGUCCUUUGGUGCCUCUGUAGCGUUUAUUCAGGACACCAGUCUAUUUUGAUUCCUCCCUCAGAAUUGGAGACCACACCUGCCCUCUGGCUUCUGGCUGUGAGUCAGUACAAAGUGAGAGACACCUUUUGCUCUUACUCUGUCAUGGAGCUUUGUACCAAGGGUCUUGGUUCACAAACGGAAUCUCUGAAGGCAAGGGGACUGGACCUCUCAAGAGUGCGGACGUGUGUGGUUGUAGCAGAAGAACGGCCCCGGAUAGCUCUGACACAGUCCUUUUCAAAGCUUUUUAAAGAUCUGGGCCUCCACCCCAGGGCUGUCAGCACAUCAUUUGGCUGCAGAGUUAACCUGGCUAUAUGUUUGCAGGGUACAUCUGGGCCAGAUCCAACCACUGUGUAUGUUGACAUGAGGGCCCUCAGACAUGACAGAGUACGUUUAGUAGAAAGAGGAUCUCCUCAUAGCUUGCCCCUCAUGGAAUCAGGAAAGAUCCUCCCUGGAGUUCGUAUCAUUAUUGCCAAUCCAGAAACAAAGGGACCCCUGGGAGAUUCUCAUCUUGGAGAGAUAUGGGUUCAUAGUGCUCAUAAUGCCAGUGGCUACUUUACUAUCUAUGGUGAUGAAUCCUUACAGUCAGAUCAUUUUAACUCAAGACUUAGUUUUGGAGAUACUCAGACUAUCUGGGCACGGACUGGCUACUUGGGAUUCCUAAGAAGAACAGAACUCACAGAUGCAAAUGGGGAGCGACAUGAUGCACUUUACGUGGUAGGUGCACUAGACGAAGCCAUGGAACUGCGAGGAAUGAGGUAUCACCCUAUAGAUAUUGAGACAUCUGUGAUUAGAGCACACAAGAGCAUUACAGAAUGUGCGGUGUUUACAUGGACAAACUUGUUGGUCGUUGUUGUUGAGUUGGAUGGAUCAGAGCAAGAAGCCUUAGACCUGGUUCCUUUGGUCACCAAUGUGGUCCUGGAGGAGCAUUAUCUGAUUGUAGGCGUGGUGGUGGUGGUGGACGUUGGUGUAAUUCCUAUCAACUCCCGUGGAGAGAAACAACGUAUGCACCUACGAGACGGAUUUUUGGCAGAUCAACUAGAUCCCAUCUAUGUGGCUUACAACAUGUAGUCUUGUAUCUUUUAAGGCUUCCAUGGAUUGUACUCAAGAUGUAUAAACAAAAAUUUUUUUGGAUGUCCACAAAACGAUGUGCUGACAAGAAAGUGAUGCUCUUCAGAAUGGAACUGUUUCUAUUAGGACUUUUCAACGUGCUUAUUAUUGGCAGGACAUAAAAUGUGAAAUGUGUUUCUUUUACCACUACAUUUUAGCACAGAAGGACUUUGGGGUACUGCCUUCAGUUUGAUGGAAAGCCCAUUAUUAGACUUUUUAAAAAAGAUUAUUUUUUGCUUAUUGGGAUGAUACUGCUUUCUGAGUAAUAUGGCUUUGUAUUUUAUGUUAAACUGAAGUAGCUAAUUUUUUUUUUAAUCUGCCCUUCAAGUGGAUAUUUUUAAACAGUUCAUAAUAUGACUGAAUUGUUUUGGUUUGCUCGUUUUUAAAUGUCCAUAAAAAUCUUUUUCCAAUAUGAAUCCAUUACUAAUUUUAAGCCAUUUUCUCUCCCAUUGUCUUAGAAAACUACAUUGUGGUACGAGGAAAAUACCCAAAACAGCACCUUCUCAAAUCAGAGUUUUUAACAGCUUUUUCUCCUGGAAAUGCUGAAUAUAUAAGGUGGAAAAAGCCUUUGAUUAUUAGUGUUAGAAUGAACAGAAAUUUAUAAAUAAGGUGUAUUUCGGCAAUGAACUUGAAGAUAUCUUUGUACUAAACUAAAAGAUAAUCAAACAUUAUUCACAAACUCUGAGGAAAAACCAGUCCUGGAUUGCUAAGCAUCCCUGUCCAAAAAGAACCAUCCAGAUACCAGCAAGCUAAACCGUUUUGCUGCCUGUAGGGCAGUGAGUACAUUUUUAAGGUCGCGAUCUUGCCACUAUAUGCACAGAGUGCAGGGCGUAGAGUGGUUCCUGUAGCACGCUAGAAUAAAUUUCUGCACCCUGUGCUCUCCCAAGCUUGCUUUGUCUCUCUGCAAGGCCCACUGAUUUGCAACUGUGGCCCUCCUAUACUUUAGUCUCCAGCACUUCCACGGCCUGUGGUCCCUGGGAAAGAGUCGUAGCAGCAGUGCUUUAGAAGGAGGCAUGGGAGAGCUUUGACUGCAGUCUAGCAGCCUUGGAAGAGCAGUGACAGAGCCCAGCAUGUAACGCCACUGGUGUCGGAGGCCAAUACUGGAUUCUACAGGAGCCCUUUCCACUUGCUGUGCAUGCAACAGUGUAGGAUUUGCUUGCGGCCAAAGACUUUUCAUAGUGCACUACAAAGGAUUCUUUUCUUUACCGUGGAGAUGACAAUAAAUAUUUGUGCUGGCAUGUAUGUUCAUACACUUAUUAGACUUUAGAAAAGGCAGGUUUGAAGAAUAUCACUGUUUUUCCUACCUGCACAAUAUUGUUGCACAAUAUUUGUCAUCAUUUUUUUAAGUUGGGGGGGUUGUUAAUUUUUUUUCUUGUGGUAAGGGCAAUUUUCUUGUUUUUGUUUUGUUUUUGGUGGUCAUUUUGCACAAGAAUUAUACUUUUUUGUCAAUUUUGCCUCCCUGCUGUCUAGUUUGGGCAAGGGGAGGGUGGCGAUCCACUUCACACUUUGUAGAAAGUUGUUGUUUUUAAAUAGUCUCUCUUAUAACACAUUUGUUAUUGGAGAGUAGCUUAAAGCCGCUGUAAACUAUUUGGCACAGCCUGGUGCAUCUGCUAACAUGUCCUUAUGCCAAACAGAGGAACUGAUGCUGGUGUUGCAGUUAAUCCCAUCCCUCAGUUCCAGAAGGAAUCUGCCAGUUGGGAAAGAACAGGAAUGCAUGGAUCACAGCUGCCUUUUCUUUCUUUUUAAUUUCAGUCUUCAGAUAAACUGAAGCUUCAGUUUCUGAUUAUUUAGUAGUUUUCCUCCCCUCUCCACUUCUUUUUUAAAAAAGUGCGCUUUUUUUGUUUAUUCCAGUAUAACCUGGUUGACCUGUGUCUGAUUAGAGGGUGAUGUUUAAAUAGCAGCAGUCCAAGAAUGCUUUUUAACGGUUCAAAAUAAUAUUAACGUGCUGACAUUCAUUACAGAAUAUGCAUGACUAAAACGGUUGCAGGACAAAAGCUACAAGAUCUUUAUAUAACAUGUAUAAGGGAAAUAUUUUUGUCUACCUUUGCAGAUUUCAUUUGGUUCUGAAGACCCAACAUUGUUUUUUGUGGGGCUGGGAGGGCUCUUUAAAGAUGAGGGGUGGUUUUUAGUCUGCAUGUAGAAUACAGAGCAUCUCACCAUGGAAAACCUUUUUGUGUUUUAAUUUUGUUGCCCUUUUUCCAGAUUUUCUUUGCCCUCUGAAUAUUUCUACCCAUGCUCCAAAGACCAAUCCUGAAGCAUUCUGUCAAAGUGUGGGGGAUUUUGUCCCCUAAAAUAAAAUUUUGUUUUUCUCUUUAAAAUGUCAAGUUGCUGAAGGCAAGCCGUUGACUGAUUAUGACCAUAAUUACAGUGUAUGAACUAACUUGUGAUGUCCUUGCUAUUGCUGAUCUCAGUGCUGCAAAACACAAAUUUAGCUGUCAUUUUGUUAAAGCAUCACUUUUAACUUUCACCAAGUCAACUUUCCACUUCUGGGGAGGGGGACAUAGGACUGCAAUGCAGUCGUACGACACAGUCAAUAACUAAUCUCUUCUGAAACCUGUCAUCUGUGGUUGUUUAAAUUCUCAAACUUAGGACAGUAAAUGAUGAUGAACUGAAUUCCUAGAUUUGUCGUGCAAGAUAAGAGGAAAGAAACACACGUACCAUCAGAUUCAGCAAUAAAGAAGGAUUAUUCUGUAUUAGAAACUGUACUGUAGAUAAACCAUUCAUGAGAAUGUAUAAAAUGUUUGUCUUGUGACCUUGUGCUUUUGAAGUCAGACAAAACCAUGUAAUCAACCUGAUGCACAUGCACACUAAAAUAAAAAAGAAAGAAAGAGGGUCCACAAUGAACAUUUGAACACAACUAAUCAAACAGGAGCAGAUUCCUCAUGGUGCUUGUUUAUUAUAUAUAUUUAAUCCUGCUUGACACUUUACCCAAGGGAAGACUGUCCCUUUUAUCAGUUGAAUGUUAGCAGCGUUAUUUCAUAGAGUGUGGUGACUGGUUAGAGAAAUUCAUGUAACUCAGCCAAUCACAGUUUCAAACGAAAAUUUUUAUGUGCAAACAAACAGCAACCUUCUUGUAUGUUAAACCACCAGUACGCUUUGUACAUCUGUGAUAACGCCUGUUUUAUAUUCAAA